UCCAUCAGCAGACAUAUAUAAAAAAAUAAGGGGGGCGGGGGGAUAUUUAGGAAUAAUUCGUUUUUUCCUCUUCCUCCUUUUUUUUCACUUUUAUUCGACCAUUAUGACUCCUCAUCCACUCAACAUUAAAAGACACUUUAUAAAUAAACCAGCCAUUCCAACCAAACAACAUUGUUUAAAAGUCAAGCAAUUACUCGAAUGCAAACAAUCGUCUUCAGUCAUUUAUGUAAAAGGUAAAAGUGAAAGCACGCGAGACAACACAGAUGUGGAUAUGGAAUUUCGACAAGAGAGCAAUUUUUUCUAUUUAACAGGUGUGGAUGAACCAGGAUUUCAUGUGAUAAUUCAUUUACAAAAGGAACGAGUGUACUUGAUUACACCCCAUAUACCCGAAAAUGACAUCUUUUGGAAAGGACCUAAUGACAAUACCAGAGAUCUUUUAGAGAAAUACGAUGUGGAUGAAAUCGUCAACGAGUCAGAUCUUCCUCAUUUACUCUCAAUGCUUUCACCCCAAGUCACCCAUGUACUCGAUACCACGCAAGCAACCGAACUCACCCGACGAGCGCCCAUGCUUGUAGGUCUUGUUCAUACCGAAUUCUUAUUACCAGCCAUGAACGAAGCACGAUUGAUCAAGUUCUCUUGGGAAAUUGACAUUAUGCGACAAGUGACUUAUGCUUCCUCUCAGGCACAUAUUGCUUUAAUUCAACAAUUUCAAUUGGGUAUGACAGAGACUCAUUUAGCAGCCUUGUUUCGAUGGACAUGUGCAUUACAACAGAUUUAUAAACAAGCUUAUCUACCCAUCGUCGCUUCGGGUCCUCGUGCUGCUACCUUACAUUAUACAAAGAACAAUCAGAUCAUACCCAGUAACACGCAUACAUUGGUUCUUGUCGAUGCGGGGGGUGAGAAAUUAUGUUAUGCCAGUGAUAUCACUCGCACAUUUCCUGUUCAUGGCACCUUUUCACAAGAAUCAAGGGUCAUCUAUAACAUUGUCCUCCAAAUGCAAGAGGCGGUGCUUUCAAAGUUAAGACCGGGUGUGCUAUGGUCCGAUAUGCAGGAAUUGGCCAUGAAGGUCUUGACAAUUGAACUUGUACAUAUAGGUAUCCUCAAAUGCCGCCACGGAGAUCAAUUAGAAGAAUUGAUUCAAAUGGGUGUACCUAGUGCCUUUUAUUAUCACGGUCUGGGUCAUUCCGUUGGACUCGAUAUUCAUGAUGUGGGAGGACGCAAUGUAAAGUCAGACGAAGAAGAAGACACGUUUGAAUUUCUAUGUAAUCGACCGUUGGAGAAAAACAUGGUAUUGACGGUAGAGCCUGGACUGUAUUUUAAUGAAGAAAUGUUGGACAUUUGGAUCCAGUAUCCCGGGUACGAACAAUAUUUUGACUUGGCUAUGCUGGAUCGAUACCGUAUGGUGGGUGGAGUUCGAAUUGAAGAUACAGUCGUCAUUACAGAGGAUGGAUAUGAAAAUCUAACAAAAGUACCUAAACAAAUACAUGAAAUUGAAGCUCUCAUGAACAAAACUACAGCCCCUCUCUAGCAUUUUUAGAAAAAAUUAUUUUUAAUAGCAUAUAUACUUGCAUUACCCUAUUUAAAACCCUCACUUAGUUAUUAAAAAAAAAUAUACCAACUGUUGUACAUAUAUAAAAAGAUUUUAUUUUUUUUCGUCCCCUA